AAACAACCCUUUAAAUCUUAGUCCUCCUCCGCGAGCGUAGGAAAGAAGUUGCAAUUAUUCUAGAGGAUUUAAUUACUAUGGGCAUUAACUAAAUUAGAGAAUUAAAUUACUGUAUUAAAGGCUAUUAAAAGAAAGCUUAUUAAGGAAUAUAUUUGUUUGUACCUGAUAAAUCCCAAGAAUCGGUCCUUUUCAAAACUGGAACUGGUCAGACAACCAUGUGAAAAGUACUAAGAACUUUACCCGGUAUAUAUUAGCUUCUUCUGCAGUGUAAAAUCAGAAAAUUUGGUAAAAGAAUCAACUUGGAGCUAAAUUUUUGGUGGUGAAAAAUCUCGACUUCACCAAUUGGUUCUUGGAAAACCUUCAGGGGUUUAGGGAGUUAGGGCCAGCUGAAUUUGUUUCAAUUCCACCUAGGAAAGGAUCUGAAAGUUAUUGAACAAGUAGAAGCUAAUUCUCAGUAUUGUUGACAUAAAUCUCUUUAGAUUACAAGAUGUCUUUGUUUCUUGAAAAGAACAUGCUAGCAUCCAGGUUUUUAUCAUGUCUCAUAGCCAUUUCGGUUUUCGUUUUGAUCGUUUCUUCGUUGUCCCUUCUUCAAUUUGCUGACAAUUCUUUCAUACCAAGAUCAGUAUUUAGGUUAGUUCUUGUUAAUAGUACUUCCCUUUACUCAACCUCAAGUGUCACAAGUGGAGAAUCUAAAACCCCUUUCUUGCCUCUUGAAACUUUUAUUGAAGAAAAAGUGCAACGCCAAGAGAUAGCAUGUCAAACAUCCAGUUCCAGCAACAGUUCUGGUGGAGUAGGAGUUAUUAAAGUAGCUUGUGACAAAAAACAAGCUCUUCUUAGAGUGUAUAUGUAUGACUUACUACCUGAAUUUCACUUUGGGCUAUUUGGUUGGAAAGGAAAUGGGAAUGAAAUGUGGCCUAAUGUUGGUCAAGUACCCUCAUACCCUGGGGGCUUAAAUUUACAGCAUAGCAUUGAAUAUUGGCUUACCCUUGACCUUCUAUCGUCGAAUACACCAAAUAUUACUAGACCAUGCACUGCUAUUCGAGUGCACAAUUCAAGUGAGGCCGAUGUAUUUUUUGUUCCGUUCUUUUCGUCUUUGAGUUACAAUAGGCAUUCUAAGCCUCAUGGGAAGGAAAAGGUCAGUCUAAAUAGGAUACUGCAAGAUAGAGUGGUGGAGUUUUUAAGAAGUAGAGAUGAGUGGAACCUAAAUGGUGGGGCGAAUCAUCUGAUCGUCGCUCACCAUCCUAAUAGCAUGUUGGUUGCAAGAAAGAAGUUGGGCUCUGCAAUGUUUGUGCUUGCAGAUUUUGGAAGGUACCGAGCUGAAACAGCAAACAUUGAAAAGGAUGUGAUUGCUCCUUACAAACAUAUGGUCAGGACAUUAGAUGCUGACAACUCCCCCUCUUUUGUGCAACGUGAUAUAUUGGUUUAUUUCCAGGGGGCAAUUUAUAGGAAAGAUGGUGGAACAAUCCGUCAAGAAUUAUACUACCUUCUAAAGGAUGAAAAAGAUGUACACUUCACUUUUGGAAGCAUCAAAUCAAAUGGUGUUAGGGAGGCUGGGCGAGGAAUGGCCUCUUCCAAAUUCUGCCUGAAUAUUGCUGGAGACACCCCCUCUUCCAAUCGCUUAUUUGAUGCCAUUGCUAGUCAUUGUAUUCCUGUAAUAAUUAGUGAUGAUAUUGAGCUACCAUUUGAAGAUGUUCUCGAUUAUUCCAAGUUCUGCAUUUUUGUCCGUUCUUCAGAUGCUGUGAGGAAGGGGUAUCUUCUGAAUCUCCUUAGAAGAAUCAAGGAGGAUCAGUGGAUCAAAAUGUGGCAAAGGCUGAAGGAGCUCACGAAACAUUUUGAGUACCAAUAUCCAUCCCAACCUAAUGAUGCUGUGGAUAUGAUUUGGCAGGCGAUUGCAAGGAAGUUGUCGUUUAUACAACUGAAGGCUCAUCGCAACAAGAGAUACCGUAGUUUACAGCUCUUCAUCAAAGACCGCUAGUUCUAUAAGGAUGUUAGCUACCAGGUUAGGCUUGAUUCUAUUGGAGGGACUGCAGUUUGUAAGCUGCCUGCCUUCAAAUGAAGACUGCUACUCAUGCAAAUAAGAAUGAUGAGUUCAACAAAAUCAUAUAAGCUGAAGAUAACAUUGGGUUGUGCAUGAAAAUCCUAAUCUAUUUGACUAUGGUUCUAGCUUGACAUAACAUUUGCGCUUCAUUCUUUCAUUUUCUUCUUUUGAACAAAGGAUACUACUAUUCAAACACAAAACAACGAUAAAUAUAACAAACCUGUGUAUGUAAGAUAAUAUUCUGCUGUGUAUAACAAUGAGCAUGAAAAUCCUAAUGUAUUUGACUA